CAACAAGUUCCGGGUGACAUGCGGUAGAUGACCUCAGGUCGUCGGCCCGAGAUAAACAACGCUGUUUACCACGGAGGUUAGCGACUGUUCAGAGAGCCCGUAUUCACCGACUUUAAAAUGGCCAAGAAAACGGAGGUCAUCGGAUAUUUAUGGCUGUGAUUACGUGAAACACAUCUGUCGCCACACUCCAUCUCUAGAUCUGGAUAUCCCUCUUCAGCCAUGUCGUCACGUGUGUUGCUGCGACAACAGCUGAUGCGAGAACAGGCCCAGGAGCAGGAGAGACGUGAGGCCCAGCAACAGGCCUCUGCUUCUCAGCUCCGGGCCACUGACUCCACUCCAGCCAUCUCUGUCACACUGCCCCCAAAUGCUGCCCGUCCCCCUCCAGCACAGGUGCCCGUGGAGGUGCUAAAGGUGCAGACUCACUUGGAAAACCCCACUAAGUACCACAUCCAGCAGGCGCAGAGGCAACAGGUGAAGCAGUACCUCUCCACCACUCUGGGCAACAUGGCGGUAACUCAGACCCUGGGUGUUUCCCCUGCGCCACAGUCCACUUCUGCCCCUGAAAUUGCUCCUACCGCCUGCAGUGCCCCUAACAGUCCUAUGGCUUUACUUAACAUAGGAUCCAACAAGGAAGAGAUUGACGAUGUGAUCGACGACAUCAUUAGUCUUGAAUCCAGUUUUAAUGACGACAUCAUUACAUUGAUUGACUCAGGUCUUCAGUUGCCGAGCACGCUCCCAGGAAAUCUCUUGGAUGUAUACCAUAGCCCUGGAAUGGCAGCACCUACUCUGACUGUCAGCAACUCCUGCCCUGCUGAUCUUCCAAAAAUUAAAAGGGAAAUUACUGAUUCAGAUGCCAAAGCACUAAUGAAGGAAAGGCAGAAGAAAGACAACCAUAACCUCAUUGAGAGGAGGCGGAGAUUCAACAUCAACGACCGUAUAAAGGAGCUGGGGACUCUGAUACCCAAGUCAAAUGAUCCUGAGAUGCGUUGGAACAAAGGCACCAUUCUGAAAGCUUCUGUAGACUACAUCAGGAAGUUACAGAAGGAGCAGCACCGAGCAAAGGAUGUCGAAAUGCGUCAGAAAAAGUUGGAGCAGGCAAACCACAGUUUAAUGUUACGCAUCCAGGAGCUAGAAAUGCAGGCACGGCUCCACGGUCUUUCCACACCCAGCAGCAUCUCACCUGGUCUUAGCUCCGAUCCCUCCCUGCUCCAGCGGCAGCCGGUCCUGCACAGUGGCCAGUCGCUGGCUCCCAGUGCAGAAGGAGCCUCCUCCCAAAACCUCCUCAGCCUGGGUGCAUCAGCCAUUGGAGAGUCUCUUCCAGCCUCCUUCCUGUCCCCACCCUCCUCGGACUCCCCUGCAGGAGUCACCAUUAGCAGCCCCCUGGACCUGGGCAGCCUGAGCUUUGCCGAGCUUGAAGACACCUCCGCCUCAGCACUCUACCCCGACGUGGGCUUAGGAGACAUUCUAAUGGAUGAUGGGUGCACCCUGUCUCCAGACAGGGUGGGUGAACCGCUGUUUUCUCCUUUGUCACCCGGUGCCUCUAAAACCAGCAGUCGCAGGAGCAGCCUUGAAAUGGACGAGGACUUGUGAUGAGCUCUGUGUGGCGGUCAAAGACUGUGUGUAGGGACAAGAUUGUCAGGAAGUGCAGUCUAUCCUUAAAUAAUAUGAGUCUAUUUACAGUAUAGGACUGAAGAAUUGAACUUAGCAAAAAAUAGCUUACGUGAAGAUCAAAACUAACAUAAAUGUACUUUGGAUUUGUUUGCAAUACAUUAUUAUUGUUCCUGUUUGGAGCUGGUCACAUGAUUAUGUCCGGGUUUAUAAAUGCAAUCUUAUUAAAAUGGAAUAUUGUAUAAUAGGGGCAUGGAGUUAGCAUUAAGAAAUAAUACGUUCUUAAGCAGUUUUUAAGAUUUUCUUCAGAGGUUUAAGAGGGAUAUAAAGUUUGCUUGAAUUUAUUAUAUGCUCAUUUAAAGGGACGAAAGCUGUGAGGUUUGUUUUUCACAACAACAUUGGCAUAACAAACUGAUUAAGAGAUGCCAACACACAGUAUAUUGUUGUUUUUUUUCUUUUUGGUUCGGUUUUUUUUUUUUUUUUUUUUUAACUGACUGGAAUCAGGGUUUGUUAAUAGCAGUUGCAUGCUCAUCCAUGUUGGAUUGUUUCACCAGCAGCUACAGAAGGGAUCUCUGUAAAGUGAAAUGGCACAUUGUGAAAUACUUAUUGCAUAUUGUAUAUAAGAAUAUUUUAUUUUGAGCAAUUUUAUUGCACCUUAUUUACUGGCAGUCUAUGCAUUUUAUGAGAGCUUUUGUCUGUUUUUUUUUUUUAUUAUUAUUACACACAGUGGACAGCUAAUGCCCAAGUUGCAUGUAUUUGUAAUAAACCUUAAAAGCAGUGGAAAAUCACUUGCUGCUGCAGCUAGUUAGCCAAAGCAGGACUUCUUCCAGAGUAGCUACAAAUUACAAAUCAAUGUUUUAUUUUUGAACAGAUAUACUCAGUCAGUGGAAAUACAGACAGUAUGAGAAAUGCAGAACAAUUUCAUCCUUUUAGUACUGUAGUUCAUUACAUAUAUUUUUUUGAUACCUGAAUAAUAGUUUGAUAAGUAGUUUCAGCUGACUAAUAUUUGUGUUGUCAGUGAUUGUUUGUGUCCAUUAAUCUUGGUGGUCACUGAGUGAUUAUUACCGGUUAGCAUAAUCUACCAAGAUUGUGGAUUUUUGGAUCAAAAGAGAUACAUUUAAUAAUGAAUUAUUGCUUAUUGUAGUAUGAAUUCAGAGGGCUUUGCCUUCCUUUUAAACCAACCACUAGCCUCACCUCCGUAAUAACAAGAUAUGACUGUUUUUUUGUGUGAAACUUGCAAUGCAAUUGUUAUUCAGUACAAAUAGCCGCAAACUUUACAAAUGCAUUUAAUGAGUCGGAUGCUUAAUGCAAUCUUAUGUACAGUUAAUGAAUGUGUGUUUGAAGAAGUACCUGCACAUGUGUAGUUGUUUUAUUCUUUUUAACACUGACACACUGUAUUUUUUUUUCCUCCAACACAAGCUCCAACAGUGCUGUGGUAACAUGAAACCAGAAUUAGUGAAAACAGCCAAAAGCAUCUCCACGUGUCUGUGGUUACAGUGUUUUUGAAGGUGUGCUCUCCUGUACAUUCAGAACUUAACCUACUUUGUUUUUAAAGCAGCUCAACCCCUUAGCUCAGUGCUUCUGAUUGCAUUGCUCAUACUCCCAUAAGACUGAUUACCUUCAGUCAGCUUUUUCCACUCAUGCACAAUAUUGUAACCGUGUCUUACCCUCACUUAUAUUUGCGUGCGAACAUGGACUGUUAAACUGGUAGCAUUUGUCUUGUCCCUACAAGUUGGCUUUCAGAAGAAUUUAUCAAAUAAAAGAUUCCCAUUGGU